AGUCACUAAAAUAUUUCAAAUUUUUGUUUUUUUAGAAUAUUUAGACAUUUACAUACUUUUCUUCCAUUAUGUGGCUAAUAUGUCGAAGAUGGAAGAUUCUAGGGUGACUCAGGAUCACAGAGAAAGUUUGGCAAGAAUAAGAAAACAUCUUGGUUUGGAAGAUGUGAACAAAAGCUUUCAAGGCAAUACUAGUCAUGUAGUACCUAAUGCUACAAGAACAUUCCAGAAGUCAAAGCUAGGAAAGUUGCCUAAAUAUGAGUAUCGAAGAUCUCCAACUCCACCAAGUCAAUUGCCAAGAAUACAGACUCCGCCAGAGCAUGAUCAAUAUUAUGAUAAGAGGGCUCUGAGGGGUAGGAAAUAUGAUGUAGUACCACCACUAUACCCUACAGCUUAUGAUCACAAUCGUGAAAGUGACGAAGAUAGCUGGGGAGAAGAGAGUAGUGAUGAAGAUACCUACCACCCCUGGCCAUCACAAAAUGGACUCUUCCAAGGUUACCCACCUCAAAAUGGUGCUCUCUCUAUGGUACCCUUUGGGAACCCUUACGCUAAAAACUCUGGUGCUCCAAUGAUGUUUCCCAUGCCUAUGAUGUUUAUUCCUCCAAACUUUCAACACAAUAAAAAGCCAAAGAAGCAUAAGAAUGCAGAAAGAAGGCUUCAAGGCGGGGUAUCUGUUAGAGAUGCUUAUGGGGCCAAUGACAGCUUCCUUGUACCAAGACAAAAGUUGUUAGAUGCUUUGAAAUAUCUCAGUCAGAACCCAAUGUUUGCCAGAGAUUUCAUAGAUCAGUUUCUCCUAGACUUCUUAGAUGAAGAAAUACCUGAUCUCCUUAUACAGGUCAUAACUGGGAAUGUGCCGGAACCUGGGAAACCUGGAAUUCCACAGUUGCUUGACAGGAAUAGCAAUUUCAAACUUGGUGCAGAACAAGAAAUUGAACAAGCUGAGAUAAUCAGUGACAUAACUGAAGAGCUGAUUGCUGAAGAAAUCAGUCAAGUUGGAAAGGAAACUAUACAAGACUUGGCCGGAAAUGUCUUGGAGCGUGCUCAGAUCUAUGAUGUCACAAUGGACAUGGUCUUAGAGAUUCUCUCAGAAAAUGCAAUAGAUAUCGUGGAAGAUGCAAUGCAUGAGGUGGAGGGAGAGGAGAUCUUGAAUAGCUUCCUAGAAGAAGAACUUAAUGAGCUAUGUCAGAAAACUGCCGUUGAAGUCCUUACUCAUUAUGACUCAAAGAUACGCAGGCGAGAACUCAAACAGAUCAUGAGUGAUGCCAAUGAAAAGGUGCUUGACAGCUUGAUGCUGGACCAUCUACUUGCCAAUGUAGCCAGACAGGGACAACUCUGGACUGAAGAUGACUUUGCUGAAAAAAUAUUAGACAGUGAAAUUCUUGACAUUCUACUCUUCCAACAUUUCCAAAUUCGGGAUAAUGCAGCAUUAACUUUGAACAACAGACCAUUAAGGAAGUUCCAUGAGAGAGUUGUAACUGAUGUGGCCCUGGAUGUACUGCUAGGUGAACUGGGUGAGUCAUUGGAAGAAGAUCUCUUGGACAUAGAUGAAUAUGAGGUUGGCCUUAAUGACACUAACCUAAUUCUUAUAUGACAAUAAGGAUAUGAUGUUGGCCUGUUAAACUAACUUAAUUCUUAUUGCAAUUAGGGACUGAUGCUGGCACCUCACACAUAUAGAAGCAUAUAGCCUAUUAGGACAGUCACCUAGUACAGUUGGAAGCAGUUAUGAGAAGUGAGAUAAAUAAGUGCAAAGAUCAAAUAUUUCAGUUUAAGCCAGGAAAAAAGUAUGUUUUUGCCUGUUUCGAUUGAU